CGUUGAUACUUCGAGGCUAAGCACUCAAAUCCCUAUAUAAACCCCCUCAAAGUCUCCCCUUUUCAAAUCCAAACAAAUCAUCAUAAACCUAAAAAGAAUCGAUCUUUUGACGAUGGAGACCGAAUUCAAUGGCGACUUCAACAAGCUCCCGGAGGCGUGCAUCUCGCACGUGCUGUCCCUCACCUCGCCUCGUGAUUCCUGCAGGUCGGCGGCGGUGUCGGCGGCGUUAAGAUCCGCCGUUGACUCUGAUACGGUUUGGGAGCGGUUCUUGCCGGAGGAUUACGAGGAGAUCCUCGAUCGAACGGCUGAUAAGGUGGAGUUCCGGUCGAAGAGGGAUUUGUACUUUAGGCUCUGUGAUCCGAUCUUGAUUGAUGGCGGUAAGAUGAGUUUUCACUUAGAGAAAUCAAGUGGAGCAAAGUGCUAUAUGAUUUCAGCUAGAGAGCUUGGCAUUGUAUGGGGAGACACGCCCCAUUACUGGAAAUGGAUCUCUGCGGCUGACACGAGGUUUGCUGAGGUGGCUUAUCUCUUGGACGUCUGUUGGCUGGAGAUCCACGGCAGGAUUGAAACCCGAAUCCUUUCCCCAAAGACAAACUAUGCAGCCUAUCUCGUCUUCAAACUAGACCCGUCAUCUCGUGGCCUCAGUUUCCCGGUCCAAGAAUCAUCAGUAAAGUUUGGAGCCCAUGAAUCUAAGCACUCUGUAUGCAUACAACCCAAUGGGGCCCCAGGACGCAGAGUCCACAGAAUGUACCGACCCUUUGGCAGGAGGAGGACUAUUGUGUGCGACCCAGAAAGCGAGGAUUCGAGCGUGGACUUGGGAGAGAGCAGAGUUCCAAGCAGUAGAACUGAUGGGUGGAUGGAGAUUGAGAUGGGUGAAUUCUUCAAUGAUGAUGGUGAUGAUGGGGAGGUGGAUUUUCGCUUCUUGGAGGUUAAUGGUGGAAACUGGAAGAGUGGGCUUACUGUACUUGGAAUAGAAGUGAGGCCAAAGAAGUGACCUCUUCUGGUAGUACGAAUUUUCAGUACAGAGCAGGAUGCAGUCAAUUUCCAGCGAACUUGAUGGUUCCUGUUUAUUAUCGGCAGGUGCCAGGUAUUGAAUCUGACGGUAUGAAAAUUUUUCUUCUUAACAAAAAAUUGCAACUUGGACCUUUAUUGUAGCAAUUGAGUAUUGUUUAUCAAAGCCCUUAAAGAGAAGAUUUGAGCUUUCUAGCUUUCUUGGUUAUGUCUUGGGGAGUGAAUUUUUUUUCAAAACAGAGCUGGCGCAGUCAUUUUUGAGUGAUUUUAGGAAUUUCUGAUUAUAACCAGUGGUUGUCAGAUAUUAAUUUCACCGUACGAGAAAUUAUUGUUAUUGAGAUAGGUAGCAGGAAACAAAAAGAAGUUUGCAGUUUGGGUUUUAGACAGCAAUUCAAUAAUGUUUAUGAGUGGGAGUUUUCAGAACAAAGCAGAGAUGCAGAGAUGCAGACAUUUUUGAGUAAUUUGGUGAACUUGUUUAUAAUCAACAAGGUGUCAAAUGUUGAAUCUAAUGUUAUAAGAAAACUAUUGUUAUUGAGAUAAGCAGGAAAUAAGAACAGUUUGUAAUUUGGGUUUUUGAUAUUGCAAGUCAUGUUUGCCGGUUUUCUUAUGUUCAGACUUAUCUGACAACUAAAAUUAAACAUGUUGGCUAA